AAUUUCUGCUAAUCUCCAUUACAGGGUGGAGAGUACAAACUCCACGACGCGAGAGGGACGACAAGUAUGUCGAGGUUUAAAGAACUCUGGCGAGCUUCUAUCACUGCCACCAAGAAAGCUCUCACAUGGAAUGCUGAAGAUCUGAUACCUCCUAGUGAAAAGUAUAUCUUCCGUUUCAAUUCAAUGGAGGAGCUGAAAAGGUGGCAUCUAUAUUCAGAUUCUGAAUAUGGAGGUUUGUCCUCGGCAUCAUUGGAGAUCAAGGAUGCUGGAAAUGGACUAAGUGGGAUUUUCUCUGGGAACCUUGCUUUGGAUCUAGCUGAGGAUUCCAAGUGGAGAUUGAAUCGUAGUGGUUUUUGUGGAAUGAGAUCCAAGAAGUUUAAUGGCUUCAUUGACUUGGAUGCAUAUGAUACACUAGCUUUGAAGAUUAAAGGGGAUGGAAGAUCCUACAUAUCCACCAUAUACACGGAAAAUUGGGUAAACUCACCCGGGCAACAAGAAGACAAUUCAUGGCAAGCUUUUGUUUUCGUACCAAAAGACAACUGGUACAUUGCAAAGAUUCCACUUGAUCAGUACUUGCCGACAUGGAGAGGAAAUGUUAUAGAUGCAGAUUUGGAAAUGAAUCCUUCACGUAUCGUUGGCAUGUCUCUGUCUGUCAAUGCUGAAGGUGGUGUCCCUGGGGCAAAAUCUGGACCAGGUGAUUUCAAAGUAGAAAUUGACUGGAUAAAAGCCUUAAGAACAGAGUGAGUUAUUUGUGGAGAAACUGCAUGGUUAAAUGACCUGGUCUCACAGUAUAAGAUCUCCAUGAUAAUUGUUCCUUGUAAAUUUUACUGUAAGAAUUCAAAACAAGGUGCUAAAAGUUUUGGGAUCACGUAAAACACCCUUUU